AUGGAGACGCCGUAUGCUGUUCCUGUUGACGAUAUCGCCAAACCCAACGCAAACCCAGCACAAGUUGUGGUAGCCAUUCCAGUUGAAGAAACGAAGAUCGACAGGGAUCCAUCCGGCAUCUUGCUCGGCAAAUGGGAAGCUCAGCUCUGUGGGUGCUGUACGCACUGCGUUCCCAACUGCCUCAUGGCAACCUUCUGCCCCUGUAUUUCAGUAGCGCAGAUUUCAGCUCGUCUGGGUAUGACGACGUACACGUGCGCUCUGCUCACUUUCGUGCUGCUGUUCGCGUUUACUUGCGGUUUCGCGCAUGUAGUUCUCUUCGUGUGGAUCUGGCAGCUACGCCAGAUGACCAGAGAGCGCUUCAAAAUCCCCGGCGGGUGUUGUGAGGACUACUGCGCGUCCUUUUGGUGCCCUUGCUGCACACUCACUCAGAUCGCUACGCACGUCAAGAGCUACAAGCCAGGAAGCUGCGACUUCGGACCGCCAGACACACUUCCAGCUUACAAGUAGGCUUAAGAGACUCAAGAUAUAAUGCAGGCAUCUCAUCUAAGCGAAUGAAAACA